UUGGAUUUUCGCCCUCGUUUCCUUUUCCGCACAAAACGGUGCCGCUGGUGGAAGCACAGUGAACAACCCACAGACCCCCCUUACUGCCGGUAAAGCCCCCCCCCCAGGUAAUGCCUUCAGGUACAGCCCUCACUGCAGGUCACCUGGCAGCAGCAAGUGAGAGCGGUGCAGCAGAGCCUGUAGCUGAGCGCGGUGCAUCAGCAGCAGCAACUGCAGCAGCAGCAGUUUGCAAGGAAGAGUACCUCGGCUGCUCAUGUUGCAAGGGAGAGUACCUUGAGCGGGCUCGGCUGCUCAAGGUCACCUGGCAACAGAAAGCCAUCUCUGCAGCAGAACCUGUAGCUGAGCGCGGCGCAGCAGAAAGCAGCAGCAGCAACAACAGCCGUAGUGCAUCCUCUCGGCUUCUCAAGGGCAGCACAAUAGCCGAGGGCAGUUAGAGGGCGGGCUAGGGCCUUAAGUGUGAGCGAAGUACAGGUAUGGUACGUUAUGGUAUAGGUAUGGUAUGAUAUGGUAUGGUAUAGGUAUGGUAUGGUAUGGUAUGGUAUAGGUACUUUUGGUAUGGUAUAGGUAUGGUGUGGUAUAGGUGCAGGUAUUGCGGCAUUCCCCACAUUCCCCUCCUCUUCCUCCCUGCCUCCCCCAGCAGCUUCUCACCCCUUGGUGCCCUGGAGCAAGUUGAGGAGCAGAGGAGGCUUGCUCACACCCCCUCCUCUUUCUCCCCAGCAGCCUCCCACCCUUUGGUGCCCUGGAGAAAGAAGGGGAGCAGAGGAAAGUCGCUCACACCCCCCACCCCCCUCCCUUCCCCCAGCAGCUUCGCAUCCCUUGGCUGUGCAUGGCGGUGGCAAGUGAGCUUACCCAGGGGGUUCUCACCUUCUCUGUUCCGGAUCACACUACCAUCUCUACCUUUCAAUUUGACCGCCCAUCACCACUCCCCACCAGCACCACCCCCAUCACCACUCCUCAUCUGCCAGUGAUACGGUGCAGUGGUGGGAGGCUGGGCUCAUCCUUUCACACGGCGCCACUCACCCAUCUCAUGCACCCACACACCCACUUGAGGUGGACUGGGAUGGGGCAGUAGGGCGUGGUUGUGGGGAGUGCUGAACUGAGACUCCAGCCUGGGGGGUUCCGCCCUCAUUGGUUGGUGAUGGACGGUGGGUUUCAGCUUACCCCCCGCUGGGUAAGCCGAGACCCAGGCAGGGGGUUUCCGCCCGCUCUCUGAUAUACCGCCCCUCCACCGCCACUACUUUCGACCUUCACUGCAGAACCAUCUGCUCGGCAAUGGAUGGCCCUGGAUUGGCCAAUGUGCGUCAAGGCCUGCACCAGGAUGUGGUAGCCCGCCCGGCAACAUGCAAGAUUACGUCUUGUAAUGAAGAAAAUACCAGAAAGAAUAAAUGAACUAGAAUGUG